AUGGCACCACUCAAAUUCGUCGGCAGAAGGCUAGCCGACCUUUAUAAAUAUGAACUUGAAGACAUUUAUGAGUUCUUGAGGGAUGUCGCUCAAGAUCCAGAUUCUUUCAAAAUAGACGAAGCAGAGUCGAAAAAAGAGAAACUGCAAACGAUUUAUAAGCAGAUACUCACACUAUGUCCCCUCGACAAAAACGAUAUCCAAGUGGUCAAGGAUGAUGUCACAGCCGAAAACUACGAGCCUAGAAUCGGGGACAGAAUUAAAGGAGAGAUCGACCAGAAGCUACAACCAAGCCAACACAUCUAUCGCCAAUCAACAGUUGUAAUGAAAACAGAUGGAAACAAGAAAACCUGGUCUCCGAUUGAAGUUAAAUAUGACAAUGACUGGAGUCAUGCUUACCCCCCUAGAGUAGGGAAUGGAAGUCUCCCUUACUGGUCACAUUAUGAUCUCCUCGGUCUAUUCCUAUCUCUCAUGGGGCCAGCUCAGCCCAACUCCGACAGGUUUCGUUUUUUUCUUCCUCUGACCGCUGUUUAUGCACGUUGGGCCUUUACCAUUGGAGGUAACAGGAAGAAAAAAUCACUCAAAAGCUCACAAGUCAUGGCUUUCAAACCUAGGCCAGGGUAUGGAAAGCCGCCUACAAUCUUCCAAUGCACUUGGAUCACAGGUCCCGAUAGCUACGUUGACUUCUCACUUGGUGCUUCAAUGGGCGGACAGAACUAUGGCAGCAUCAAUAAGGAGACUGGCGACAAUAGUCUUGGAAAUUGGAGCGAAAGGCUUCAGCGAAGUCGCUUUGGCCUUUUGAAAGGAUGGAAUGCAAUUGAAGACUCGGAGUGGACUAAUCAAAAUGGCGAACUAGAGCGCUUUGCCUUUGAAACAUCACCAAGCAUUGAUAGUGGUUUGUCUACGACGAAAUUUGGAAACUGCGGAGAAACCUACCCCUUUGUACAGAUGCUCAAUCAGUAUAGGGCUACUGGAAGGGAGGAGAUGAAAGGCCUUGCUCUUAACUCGCCCUUCCUAGGCGAUAAGGAACUUUGGGAGGACUACUCUCUUGCCAAUAUACACAUUGAAGCUGCAAAGAAGCGACAAGAUGAGGAGAUAAGCUUCAAGUGGAUUUGGUCACCAUGUAGGAACUGUAAGCACUUGAUCAAGGUGGCUAGUGCAGAAUUGGAUAAUUUCCUCCCGGAACGGAAUCCCCCAACAGAAAAGGACUUUGAAGAGGCACAAACCAGGACACCGGCGAAGGAAAACGGUCAUUUAGUGUCAGCUUAG